UUUUUGCAUAAAAAAAUGAGGGUUUCCAAGAAACAGCAACAAGAUGGAGUGUUGGAUUCCGAAAGGAAGAAAUGGGUAAUCGCCGGCAUCGCGAUACUGACUUCAUUGAAGCCGAUAAAGACGAAGCCGAGAGUGAAAGAGAGCGAAGAAGACGGAGAAGAAGAAGAAGAGACUUGUUCAACAACUCCAACUUCAAAAGAAGCAAAGAUACCAGAGAAAUUGCAAUGCCCUUUAGCUCCAAGGAAGCGUAGGCCUACACUGAGAUGCAAUUACAAUGGAGUUAGGGAGUUCUUUACACCUUCUGAUUUGGAAUCAGUAUUCAAUCUCCAUGUUUGAGUUUGAAGAAAUGAAAACUAAUCCUUUAUA